AUGGCGGAGACGAUGGAAGGUGCGCCAGGGAACUACGCGACGAUGGAGAAUUCGGACGACAAGAAGUCCUCCGUUGCAAGUAGCGAUUUGUCGGAACGAGAAGAAUCAUCAGAAGAAGAAUUAUACGAAGUGGAGAGAAUUAUGGGAAUAUCUAAAGCUAGCGGAAAAACACUUUACAAGGUUCGAUGGAGAGGGUAUGGAGCUACUGAUGACACCUGGGAACCCAUUGAAAAUCUACAGUCAUGUCUAGACCUCAUUGAGGAGUAUCAGAAGAAGAGAGAUGAACAGCGGUUAAAACGAGCAAAUGAAAGAAAGAAAAGAAAGGAUAUGAUGGAGGGGCGUAUCCUUGUGGAGCCAGACAGUUCUCGUGAGGGUUCUCCAGCACAAGUCCCAACCACGCUGAAGGACACCUUUUGGAAGGACCUUGAAGAAGGCCGCCUUAACCUCUUUGCCACAGAUAUGUACUCACGUGUGAAAGGUGGAGGUAGAGCUCCAAAAUCACCAAAAGAGGAUGAUGAUGAAGAGGAGGAGAAAACUCAACGAAAACGAGGGAAGAAGAAAAAUUCUUCAAGAAACAUCAGAGAAAGGGACAAAGGUAGACGAAGAAGCCAGCUGAGACCCAAGAAACAUUCCUCUAAAAGUUCCCUGGUCAGUGUUGUGACAGAUUCCGAGUCAGACUCCUCAUGCAGUGAUAUUGAAAAUAUCAGCAGAGACUCAGUACCUAUAACUUUCAAUGUCAGUGAAGAACCGGUGCAGACUGAUAUGUGCAAUGGAGAGAAAAAUGAAGUUCUCACAGUAAAUUCCACAGAAAAGAGAGAAAAUGAGCUGGUAGCUUCCACAGAAGAAGGGAAGAACAAGAAGUCCAAGAAACCUAAGCUAAGUGCUUCCUCCUCAGGUUUGAAAGACAAAUCUAACACAGAGAAAAGAGACUCUUUUACCAGUGUGAAAGUCAAACCUGUGACCUCAAAAGACAGCAAGGAGACAGGGUCAUCCAAAACCCCUAAAAUUGACACAUUAAAACGGGAGGCCAUGAUUGAUAAACCGUCUAGUCCUAUAAAGUCCUAUUUGUCAGGAGGCAGUACGCCACCUAGGAAAAUGUCUGUGGAAUCUCCGAGUGAAAACCGGCAGCUACAGGCUCUUGCAUCAAGUACCCCCAAUGACACAGUGUCAAGGUCAGACAGACAAAGACUGUCAAAUAAUUCAGACAAUAGUUAUACCAGUAACAUUGGACACAAGCGAAAACAUAGUUCAGAUUCAAGUAGUGCUAGACCCAAUAAACAACGAAAAGAUUCAGACUUCUCUGAUAGUGGCAUGGGUAGUUCUGUCAGUAGUGUUACUAGUCAAGACUCUGAUAGAGGAGCUAUAUCAGGUGUGAAAAGGCGUGAUUCUGUGGAUUUCUCACAACCUUUAGACGAUAUUUGGAAUGGAUCAUUUUUACCAUUAUUACCAGAAAGUACCAAAUCAGAGGGUAGAGGGGCUGACCUAAGCUUUGAUAUUGAACUUGAUGAUAUAGACCUGGAUGACCUGGAUCAACAAAAGACUGCUGAUGAUGGAGAAGAUGUUGUGGACAUAAGUGAUGAAAACUUUCGACAGGCUGUAAUGGAAGGGGAUUAUUUGUUGGUCAAAAAAGCUCUGAGCAGCAAAAAGAAGUUUGAUGUGGAAUCUGUAGAUGAUUUGGGAAUUACAUUGCUGAUGUAUUCAGCUCAAAAUGGUAAUGAUGAUAUAGCGGAGCUGCUAGUUAACCACAAGGCAAACAUCAAUGCACAACAGCAUAACGGCACUACAUCCCUCAUGCUGGCAUGCGAACAUGCUCACAUAUGCACAGUAGCAUUACUAGUUGAGCUGGGAGCAAAUGUUAAUCUGCAGCAAACAACAGGUGAAACGGCACUAAUGAAGGCGGUGAGGAGAGGCCAUAAACAGAUUGUGAAGUUUUUGUUGGAGCAUGGUGCUAAUUUCUCGGCUCAGAACAACUCAGGAUUUACGGCGGUGACGUAUGCCAAAAUGAUGAGACUGACCGAGAUUGAGGACAUCAUUGUGGAUUACAUCUCCAGACUUACGAACGAGUUUGACAAACAAGUUGCCAUCACAUUAAACAGUACAGCCAAGAUUAUCAGUGCUCUGUUCCCACUCCAGUGCUUCCCACUGUCUGAGGGAGAAAAGUUCUCUGUCAACUUCAAACAUGAACUACAGGCUAAUACUCCAGGUGUAGGAUACCUACUUUUUGUGGCCCAUGCUCGUAUCACAGCCCAGGAUAUCCGCUGUAGGUUCUAUGGUCCUUGUGCUGUACAGAAUGUCUCACUCAACGGUGUCCAGCAGCCACCACUCACAGAGGAAGCCAACUUUGUACUGUCCUGUUGUCCUUUACAACAUGGGAGGAAUGAAGUUAUCAUUAACACAGUACCAGCUCCUGGGUCAAAGGCUAAACUUGUAGUGUGUGCAUACAAAGCCCAGCUGAUUGAUACUUAGCUUUGUGUGGGAAGAUUAUCACAGACAUAGACACUUUGAUGUGUAUGGGAGAGUGUCCCAGACAUACUUGUACAGGAAUAUCUAGUGUCCUUACACAAGAACUUGUGGAGGGAGGUUCUUGGUUGGCCGUCUAGAUAUUGAUUCAUGUGAAAGAGUCAACUGUCCCGACUUCAUAGAAGAAAUCUCCACCGACUCCAUACCUGUUGAUCUCAUUCUUUGAAAUUUAUGUGUUUCCUCUUCCACUGAUCUCGAAUAUGAAGAUAAAAUGGAGAAAUCAGAAUUAAGCCAGCAUUCUGAUAACUUUGACUAGUUUGGACAACAGUUGGAACAUAGUUCAUGUUUGUUCAAAAACUUUGUAGUUACAAUAAUACAAUUCUGGUCUGAGGAAUAGGUGAUAACACAAGCACACAGGAACCAAGCUCCUGGUCACCUUAAAAUGUGUGAAAUGAUGCAGAUGUUGGUAUGUUGUGUAGAUGUUGAUACCAUAUCUUAUCCUAAACCUGUAUAUAAUGACCAUGUGGUAAAAGAGUUGGUCUCUGGUUUUUUGAAAACUGUCAAAAUUAUAACCUUUCCAAGGCUAGGUUAGCAAUUUAUUUGCAAAAUGUAUUUGGAUAUGACUUUAGCAGAGUUCAGUAUGUCAAUUAAAUAUCUGAAAUUAAAAAAUCAGGUCUGUGUGAUGGUGUAUAAAAGAUCCUGAAUGUUGUUCAGAAAGUGGAAUUAAAUAUGACUACUAGUAUUUAAUUUGUUGACCUUGACCAUACUUCAGAAUCAAUGCAGGUGAAUAUAUUAUGGUAUUUGCAUCUACUAAGUGUAUGUACAGGUACAUGCUUGAUAGAUGAAUGUGUAACAGCCAAUUACCAAUACUGGUAUACAGUAUAACAUGUUUAUAGCCAGACUGGGGCACCUGAAUUAUUUCUUUGUUAAAAUCACUAUAUCACUAAAUCAUAAUACACGAUAAAAGUGAAAGUAAAAAUAGAAAGGUUCAGUUUAGUUGGAGAAAGUACUGCUGCGAAUGCUGAUUUAUAUUUUUGGGUACAAGCAUGUCAUGCUGUAUACAUACAAGUUACAUGUUACAAGAAUUGUACUGUAGGCAAUCUGUUUUGCAUGUGUAGCGAAGGAAAGGGUGUGGAAGCAGGUGCUCUUGUGAUGUAAGGCAUGUACACCGUUUUGUACAUUUUAUAUAUAAAACUUCAAAGUACCCAGUAUAUAUACUGUAUAUACUAGAAGCUAUAUUUGCACUUGUUACAAAGAUCAUUACCUGUGUUAAGACCUGUAGGAGGGCAAUCAGAACAGGACAGAAAUUUUAAAACUGUCAUAAACAUGAUAUAUUUUAUCUGUACAGAGCCAGUAUUUACCACUAAAUAGUGAUAUUAAGUAUAUACUCAUGUUGGAUAUUGUUAACAUCACUUUAAAUCAUCACUACAUUUGUAUAUGCAUAUCAAUGCAAACAGCUUCGCACAUUUCCGAGGCAAAUUACAUCCCUGUGACAUCCCCAUUAUGCCAAUGCAACACUUGAAUGUGAAUACAAAAUGCUGUAUUUCUAGAAAUCUUCUCAAAAGAUGAGAAUUGAACAUUUACUACUAUGAUCAAGUCGACACCAUAAGGAAGUUUACAGCUUAUGUGAUUUUUUUUAGUGUGGUAUUGAUUCUAGAAUGAUGAAUCACGGUUGAUUUUAAUGUGGAAAUCAAAGAAUGAACAUACUUAUAUUGUUAGAGCUUGAGAGUUUAAAAAAGAGGACCAGAUAAUUGGUUAGUUUCUAAAAAUGAUGGAAGUAAAUGAUUGUGAUAUUUUUGGUGAGAGAUACAUUCUGUACCCUCAUAGUCUAGUUGUAUAUAUAUUUCUCUUCAUUGUAUUGUUAUAAGUCUUUAUUGAUUAGUCAGUGUGAGUUUUAUUUCACACACAACUAUUCUAGAAUUUCAAGGAAAAAGAAAAGCUCCUUGACAUUUUCACUGUUUUUGGUAAUUAUCUGUACAAAGAAAGUGAAGUUUAAAGUUUGGAAAAAAUUUCAGAUAUGUAAAAUAUGGAAUAGAACCAGUCCCAUGACUUUUUCAUUUGAACAGAGAAAUUUAUAUUAUAAGAAAUGUGUUUUACUAGGUGAUGACCAUAACGUAUGUUUUCCUAGGUCUAUUGUGAUAAUUAUAUAAGGUAGUGUAUUUUCUCUUUGAGCAUCAAUACAUUAAUCUUGGAAAGCUGUGCAUUUGUAAGGUGGGCUACCUGGUGCUUUUUGUUUGCAAUAUUAUUUAAAAAGAAAUAUUUUGGUUAGAUACAUAGUGGGAUGCCAAUGUUAAAAACUUUGUGUUAUGUAUUUUUGUGUUUGUUAAAGUCUCAUGGUCGUUAUACACUAAUUUAGAUUUGUUAAUGAAAAUAUCCAUAGUAAGAUAUAGUAAGAUAAGGUGGCACAAUUAUACACAAUAUAGUAAACAAAAUGUGUAUCUAUUUGCUCAACAUUUUUCAUUCUUGAUAAUUAAAAUACAGAAAUACUAGAAGCAUAGUGGCUAAAAUUAACUCAGGAAAUUAAAUCAACAAUUAUAUUGAUAUGAAGAAUUAUCUUAUUUUUGUCAUUGUUUUCCCUCAACACAUCCAAUGCUUUGCACAAUUUAUAGAAAAGCACAACUCCUUGGACACUAGAUGAAGUUCAGUUUGAAAUACAGUUUUUUCAUUUACUAGAGAGCAGAAAAUGAAUCAUAGUCCUAUCAUUACUGGUCAUCAAGUGAAUAUGUACAUGUAGGUUAGAAAUUUAUUGAUCAUGGUUUAUAAUACAAUUUUGAACCAAAUUGUCCAUCAUGUUGGUAUUGUAUUUGAUGUUUUACAUGGUCAAAGCUUAAGUCACAAUAUGUCAUCAUGCGCACAUAAAAAUCAUAAAAACUCUCAGCAUAUGUGAUUUAAUGUUUUGUCAGUCAUAUGUUGUAUAUAAAACUAAAGAAUGUCUGUCAGCUAUUGAUUUGAUGUACAUGUAAAUAAUGGAAAUGUUGACAAAUUUCCAUAAAAUUGACAUAUCAGUGGUUUUCAUUCAUAAAUUGAAUCAGAUAGGGUUUUUUGUGUGUAUCGGAUAAUCAUUUCUAUUUUUUCAUGUGUUUGGUUAAUUUGGUAAUCACUUAGUUGUACAUCUUGAAUGCUGCUAAUUAAAGAACAUAUGAAUCAUUAGGCAUUUCCAAAUUCCAUCUUCCACCAUUAUCAUUUUGUGAUGAUAUUUACCAUUUUAACAACUGUAACAUAUUACAUAUUUGGUGCUUUCCACAGCAUUUUUCAUUGAGCCAAAAUUCAUUUUGAGCACUGCCAAAUUGCUAUUAAGGCCAUGUAAAAUGGAAGAUUAUAACAAGGGAAAGAAAUCUGUGAGGAGAGACACUGUGGAAGGAGUUCCUUAAUAUCACAAGUUUUACAGGAAACUUCUCAUUCAAGAAUUAGGAAUUUUGCAUUUUGAGUGCAUUGAUUUGUCUGUUUGUUUCAUGAGUUAUUUCAGAGUUCCAAUGAACAGAGUAUGAAUUAUUUAGGAUUAAUGGAAGACAGCAGCUUCUUUUUGAUAGAAACUAGCCUUUGAAAUGAGGUAACAAAGUUAGCAUCAAUCCCCCCCCCUCCAAAGAAAUAAUUACAGAUGCAUUUUAAAAGUAUUAUAUAUCUAUAAAUUAGCCCAGAAUUUUUUGGCUAAUUACUGACAGAUUAUUUUAAUACAGUAGCUAGCACAUGUUAAUAGAAUGCUGAUAAGAAUAUGUUGUAAAGUUUCAAUUUUGUUGCUUUGCUUCCUGUGAAUGUCCUUGGAGAGUGCUUCAGUGUAAAAGUUGCUGAAAAUACAAGCUUGAUGUUAGAAUUUUGUGAAGGUACCAUCAUGAUAUGAUGCUGGUAUUCUCAGAGUGUCUUUAUUUGUGAAAUAUUAAAGAUAUUUUUUGAAUAGUUAAUGCUGUUUGAAUGAUGCUGGUAUAGAUAAAAGUGACUUGAUGAUUGAUGCCAGAACCAUUACAUUGUUUUUCAUCAGUUUCUUAUUGGUUAAAAUUGUCCUUUUUUGGGAAAAAAAUUUAAAUAUGUGCUGUUCUUAAAUAUCAAUCUGUGUGAUGGUUUUAGUGAUUUGCUUUUUAUUCCUCACUUUCACAAGUUUAUGUCAUACAGGAUUUUUAUAAUUGCCUUUUUUGUUUUCUCCUUAAAAACACCAAGACAAAUAAAGUAUGCUUCUUAUAAAAAUAUUUAGAUUUUGU